AUGCUCAGCGCAACUCCUUCUAACAACCAUUCUCUUUUUUCUUUUAGUCGUGAUGGGGAACCAAACCAAUUAAACGAUUCGACCGCCUCUUUCGAUUUCUUGCCCUCCGUCAGCUUUGAUGAUCUGCAGAGCAGUAUCGAAUCCGCUUCAACAGAUUUCAAGCUCACCCAAUUUCCGUCCCCUACUGGCGAAGGAGGCAUUCUCGAUACAAACAGAAGAGACGACAACAACAUGUCGCCAAGACCCCAGGCGACUUCGUCUUCGAAUGGUGCUACCACCCGCACCACAGCCCAUCCCAAUACUCGACCCAGCCGAUCAGGCUCGCUCUUGCGCCGACCUAGUAACUCUAGCAGACAGCCUGCUAAUACGCCUGGCAUUUCGGGCCCGACAGACCAUAUGAACGGGUCAGGCACGGCACGCUCUCGCCGACAAAACCAAUACCCUCCCGUAUCUAGCACUGUUGUGCCUCGACCUCCUCGAAAGUCAAUCGGUCCCGGUGUUAUCGGCGACGAUGGAGCUCGGCCUGCCCAAAAGCGGCGUCCUAGCCUCUUCUCUGAAGGGGCACCUACCGGCUCAGCCAGAGCCUCCAUGGAUGGAAACUCGUCAUGGCUGGAGAAUACAACAAGAAAUUUCUCCACCUCUAGGGCUGCCAAGGCAAAGUCGGUACAGCCGCCUCCAAGGCCCAGUCAAACAAACUUGGGCCUCGGCAACACCCUUACUCCAGAGCAGAAUCGACACUCGACACUUGCCCCACGGUCACCUCGUGUUGGAGGUCAAUUGAGUACGCCCUCGUCCAACAAGCGAGUCUCGAUGAUGCCUGGUGCCCAUCACUCUUCGCACGCGACCGGUCUCGGCGCGAGGACAAUUAGUCCCACGGAUACGAGGAGGAUGAAGCGUCUCUCGACAAUGCCACAGUCAUUGAGCCUUAGUCAUGUUUCUACACCACCACCUCCGCCACCGGUUUCAAUGGGCAACCCGAUAGAGAGGGCCGAAUCGAAAUCGCCUUCCAUGAUUCCAAGGAGAACUUCUGGGACGCCGUCGUCCUCAAGAACGACCCCGGAUCUCAAUCGUAAAUCUUACCACUCUGGCCUGUCGGCUACCUCAUGCCUCAGUCUGAACUCGGCAAGGACAUCGACUGGAUCGUUGCAUCGUAUAUCUGGAUCUUCUUCUACAUCACGCCUACCUGCGCCAAAACACACGACAGUUCACAAUCCCAUGCCGGCCGAUGACGAUGAAUAUGUUCCUCCUGUCCCUGCUAUACCAAAAGCAUAUGAAUCACCAAAAGACUCACCUGCUGAUACUUAUUUCAUGGAGAAGAAGAAGACCGCACUCAGCAACAUGGAUGUUAUGGGCAUCAACUCCAACUCAACGGGAGUGAUAUCCAUGCCUGUAUUCCCUGAACCCACAAAGUUACAGAGAAAGCCGAGCGGUCCUCGACAGCCCUACGCACCCAGUUUAGCUACCCAACCCGAUAACAAAGCCACACCCCCGAACAAGAGGCACCUGCAGCCCUUACGACUGCCACCGAUUAACUUGGGUCCACUGAGCACCCCAACAACUAACAAAAUUGCAGCGUUGCAAGAUCACGAUAGUACAAGCAGACAUCAUACUCCGCCACCAGCUCGGCAAUUGCCCAAGACACCGACGACCCCUAUGACAGCUUCCAAGAGCUCUUUCUUCGCAAAGACCCGCCAUGGCGAUACCCCAGAGCUUCCUUCUUUGAGGAGUAGCAGCUCGGUACACCAUGCACAUCUUACGCCUACGCCCCCCGAUGCUAGUUCGACAGAAUCCUCAUUGGCUUUCAAGGAACUCGAUCACAAGCAGAGCAUGUCGCCAUUUUUGUCGUCGUCCCUUCCCAAAGGGGGAGCAGAUCAUGGUUUCUUGAAGAGAUCAAGGACGGGCGCUGAUUUCACGACGUUGGAUGAAAACGUUUUUCAGGACAAAGUUCACCAGAAGCCUGCUGGUCCUCGAGCGCCCAAGGAUACUGAAUCUAUUCCUAAGUCCCCUCCUCCUGAACCGGUAUUGGACGAACCUCAAACCCCUUCUUCCAUGAGCUCCAUUCGGCGAAAGCUUAGCCUCUCAUGGAAGCGCGGAACUUCCAAAAGCAACCUUACCACCCCUGCGGAUGCUCUCGAAAAUGCAAGUGCAAAACAGCCAGAAGAACCCAUGCCACCACCUAGGAUCCCGAUUUCUUCCACUCUCAACAACCUAUCCAGUGUUAAGCAAGCCAGUCCAUCUCCUACCGUGAAGCAACCACCCGGUGGGUAUCUCGAGUCGAGGAGGCGUAAAAGCUCAGGUGGAAGCCUCAAUGGAUUUAUUUCACACGACAAAACCAAGAGCGACUCUUGGACCACCAAGAAGCCUGCACCUGAUCCUUCGACAAUGCCAGUAGCUCGUAACACCUCUGUCAUGCAGAAGAUUCUUCGACCAAGAAACUCUUCAGGCAUUGCGAAAGGCCCUGAUUCAUGGUCUGCCGACCUUGAUAAGGAUGACGUGGCGGCCGAGGAGGAGAUGGCCAAGCUCGGCUCUCGGCGUAAGGAGACAGAUGUUGCCGCUAGAACUCUCGACGCGCUUAGAAAGCGAGCGACACCGAAGGAACGAGUCGGUGCUCACGAAGCUAUUCGUAUUGCCAUGCUCAAUAUCUAUGAGCGGGGUGAGAUCGUGGACUACACCGAUGUCUUCUUCUGCGGAACCCAAAACGCUCACAAGGUCGUUGGUGAUCUUCAAUCUGAUGCACCCAACUUCGGCUACGAUGACGAGCGCGGUGACUAUACCAUUGUGUCAGGGGACCACCUUGCGUACCGAUACGAAGUCAUUGAUGUUCUUGGAAAGGGAAGUUUCGGGCAAGUCGUAAGAUGUAUUGACCACAAGACUGGCGGCCUGGUCGCGAUCAAGAUCAUCAGGAAUAAGAAGAGGUUUCAUCAACAAGCUCUCGUUGAGGUCAACAUCUUGCAGAAGCUUCGUGAAUGGGACCCCAAGAACAAGCACAGCAUGGUCAAUUUCACACAAAGCUUUUACUUCCGUGGCCAUCUCUGUAUCUCUACAGAGUUGCUAGAUAUGAAUCUCUACGAGCUCAUCAAGGCCCAUGCUUUCCGAGGGUUCUCGAUCAAGAUCAUACGGCGAUUCACUAAACAGAUCCUUAGUUCGCUCAACCUACUAAAACAACACAAAGUCAUUCAUUGCGAUCUCAAACCCGAAAACAUUCUCUUGCGUCAUCCUCUUCACGCCGAAAUCAAGGUCAUUGACUUCGGUUCCAGCUGUUUUGAAAACGAGAAGGUGUAUACAUAUAUUCAGUCAAGAUUCUAUCGCUCACCUGAAGUCAUCCUCGGCAUGACUUACGGGAUGCCUAUCGACAUGUGGAGUGUUGGCUGUAUCCUGGCAGAGCUAUACACAGGCGUUCCUAUUUUCCCUGGCGAAAAUGAACAGGAGCAACUUGCGUGUAUCAUGGAGGUGUUUGGACCCCCCGAAAAGCAUUUGAUCGAAAAGAGUACUCGCAAGAAGCUGUUUUUUGAUUCGAUGGGCAAACCCCGUCUCACGGUAUCUUCAAAAGGUCGCAGACGCCGGCCUUCUUCCAAGACUCUGCAACAAGUGCUUAAAUGCGAUGAUGAAGUGUUCUUGGACUUUUUGGCACGCUGUCUUCGCUGGGAUCCGGAACGACGACUAAGACCUGAGGAUGCGAUUCGGCACGAGUUUAUUACUGGGCGUAAGAUGCCCAUUCCUCGGAUGCCACCCACCCGCGAAUCUUCACCUAUGAAGCGACAUAACACUAUCUCCACUCCACGACCCCUCCCAGACCCUCCGGGCACUGGUGCCAAACCUUUGGGAUCCCUACGAACUGGAGCCAGUCCUCAUAAGCCAAUCUCAGGUGCCGUCCGCAAAGCCUCAGGGACGAUGGGACCUACCAGCUCCAUGCCCACUAAACGAACGAGUGCCGGCACGACUGGACUUACACAGGUAGCGAGCGGCUUGCCUCGAGCUGCUGGUAGGAGUGUGAGUGCAAAGCAUGACCUGGCUGCUGCUGGUGCAACGGCUGCCAUGAGUCGACGAUUAUAG